GUGCCUCCUCCCCGGCGGGUGGCGGCCGCACCUCCUCCUUCUCGCCGAUUUUAAUCUCGUUAGCAGACACGUGCGCGCCCCCGCGCCUACAGACCACUAUACGACGACCUACGGUGUCGGGGCUUCGCCAAUCUGGUUUGGUCUAACAGGAUUCUCGAGCGACCGAGGGUUGAUAAAAGGCUGCGUACCGAGCGGGCGCGGCGCGAAUCGCAGGAGGAGUUGCUCCGUUCAAGGUGUGGGCGCUCGUGCAGCAGCGGCAAUAACAGCAGACGACCUCGUCAUCGUCUUCUAUUCUGUCGUCCCCGGUUCGUUGUUUCCGUCUACGUUGCUUCGCAAUCGUGUUCGUCGUUUGGCAUACGUUCUCCGCGCAUAGGCUGCGUAUGUGUGCACACGGUGCAUAUUCAGUGUGAAUCUAUCUCGCUGCGUGUACGGUACAGAAAGAGUAGCCCAGAGUGAGAGAGCGAAAGGCGCGUGAGAGAGAGAAAGAAAGAGAGAGAGCGAGUAAGAAGGGAAACCGAAAGAAAGAAGGAAAGACAGAGAUCGAGAGAGAAAGCAGAGAAGGAGAAAGAUAUACAGAGAGGGGGUGAAAAAGAAAGAGAGCUAAGGAGAGACAGAGAGCAAACGAAAGAGAAGGAGAUAGAGCACCGGUGGGUUACCACACCCAACCGCGCCGGGGACCGAGUGAACAAGUGAACGAGCCGUACGAGAGCUCUCUCGCGAGUAGUACGCGGGUACAGCGAGGGACCCAGGGACCGACGAUCGAGAUUCGACAGGGUACAGUCGGAACUCUUUAGAUCUCGAUCUAACGGACCUCGCUCUCGCGAAAUUCCUCUCUCACCGGAAUCGUCGAAAUCACGCCGCGACGAAAAGGCUAAACGUGUACGCGCGUGUCCCCCCCGCUUCCUCGGCAUCUCUCGCGAGUGCGUUUCACGUUUCGUCGCAAAAACGUGUGUGUGUGCAUAAAGAAGGUUAAAGGUAAACGGAUAAUAAGUGUGAAACAGAAGCGAAGGAUCGAGGGAAGCGACGAGGAAAGAGAGAAAAAAAAAACCGAGGCGUAAAGAAGCCGACACAUAGAGAGAGAGAGGAUAGGAGAAGAGACAAGCUACCGGCCGAGGUUGGUGCGUGUGCGUACAUGUGUUGAUGUGUCGCUGGCGUCGUCGAGCCCUGCCAGGAGUGCUCUGUCGCCGCGUGUGCCGAAGUUGUUGAGAAUACGGAGAUCCCGGAGCUGCAUCCGUUAAGUUUACGCUCGCGUUUACGUCGUCGCCGUCGUCGUCGUCUUUGUGGACAAGUGUCGGUGGUGAACCGUGCUAGUGGCGGUAGUGGUGGUGGUGCGAACGAUUGAGAAUUUCGUUGGUUCCGCCAGGACGAGAGGAAAGGAAACACGAGAAGAAAGCCACGAGGACGGCGACGAGACGUCGUCGCUCGUUCGCGGUAGCAAGGUAAUAUCGGCCCGACGACGAUACCGAGCCGUCGAGCCCACUGCUGUCUACGACAAACCUCGCCGCUCGGCAAUCACUCGUCACUACCGCAAAUCGCUCGUUCCCUCUCUCCCCUCCUCCCUCCCUCUCCCUCCCCCUCUCCCUCUUCCUUCUCCUCCUCCUCUUCCUCUUCAUCCUUCUUUUCCACCUCUUUCUACUCAUUUUUCUCCUCUCUUCCUCCUCCGUCCGUCAAGGAUCCUGCCGUCCUGAGCCAUGGCGUGCUGCCUGUCGGAAGAGGCGAAGGAGCAGAAACGAAUCAAUCAGGAGAUCGAGCGGCAACUACGAAAGGACAAACGAGAUGCCAGGCGGGAACUCAAAUUACUACUUUUGGGUACUGGUGAAUCCGGCAAAUCCACCUUCAUCAAACAGAUGAGAAUCAUUCACGGCUCUGGUUACUCGGACGACGACAAGAGGGGGUUCAUCAAACUCGUCUAUCAAAACAUUUUCAUGGCCAUGCAGUCCAUGAUCCGAGCCAUGGAACUUCUCAAAAUCCAGUACGGGGAAUCUUCGAAUAUAGAAAAGGCAGAACUUGUACGGAGCGUAGAUUUCGAAACAGUCACAGCGUUUGAGAGUCCAUACGUAGAAGCAAUCAAGGAUUUGUGGGCAGACGCUGGCAUCCAGGAGUGUUACGAUCGCAGGCGAGAAUAUCAGCUCACAGACUCCGCUAAAUAUUACUUAAUGGAGAUAGAUCGAGUCGCGGCACCAAACUACCUCCCCACAGAACAGGACAUUCUUCGCGUGAGAGUGCCCACUACCGGUAUAAUUGAAUAUCCUUUUGACUUGGAAGAGAUCCGAUUUAGUUAUCUUAGUGAUCUAGAACGUAUCGAAAAGCCCGACUUCCUUCCUACCGAACAAGACAUUCUUCGGGCCCGAGCUCCCACAACUGGCAUUAUAGAAUAUCCGUUUGAUCUGGACUCCAUCAUAUUUAGGAUGGUAGAUGUUGGUGGACAGAGAUCAGAAAGAAGAAAGUGGAUUCACUGUUUCGAAAAUGUUACUUCUAUAAUCUUCUUAGUAGCCUUAAGCGAAUAUGAUCAAAUUUUGUUUGAGUCGGAGAACGAGAAUCGAAUGGAGGAAAGUAAGGCACUGUUCAAAACAAUCAUCACAUAUCCUUGGUUUCAACACUCCUCAGUCAUUUUGUUCCUAAACAAAAAAGAUCUGCUUGAAGAGAAGAUUAUGUAUUCCCAUCUUGUUGACUAUUUUCCUGAAUACGAUGGCCCUAAACAGCAAGAUGUACCAGCCAGGGAAUUCAUCUUAAAGGUCUAUCUUAGUGCGAAUCCUGAUCCUGACCGCAUGUGCUACUCUCAUUUCACGGCGGCGACAGGCCCACAAAGAAAUGCCUCAACUGCUAGAGAAUUCAUUUUAAGGAUGUUUGUCGACUUGAAUCCAGACACUGAGAAGAUCAUUUAUUCACAUUUUACAUGUGCCACAGAUACUGAAAACAUCAGAUUUGUAUUUGCAGCAGUGAAAGACACCAUUCUCCAGUCAAACUUAAAAGAGUACAAUUUGGUUUAGAUGACAAUAUAUAACACUCAAGAUGGAUUUAAAAAUUUUUCUUAUACCCUGACCAAGGUAUUAGUGUGAAUUCUGUCAAGUUACAAAUGAAGAAGAGACGAAAAAAAAAAGCAGAAAGUAAACAGUAAUUUUGUGGUGCCAUCAACGUACUGUUGCUGCUCCAUUACAAGUGUACCAACUAAUUAGUAAAAUUUAUGACGGAGGUAACAGCGAUGAACAAAUAUGGACCUAAAUCUGAGCGUUAUACGUUCUUUCCUAACCUUUUCACUGUCAAUACCAACAAAUUGAUUUAGUUUCGUACUCUAUUUGUUGAAUUUGUUACCUUUUUAUAGAUUAGUUUAGUCAAUCAUGCCUGGCUGACUGCAUAAUCAUCUGAUUUUUAUAUAACAAUAUCACGAGCAACAUAUAAAUAAACGUAUAAGAUAGAGUGCAGCCAUGCCAUACAAUGUCUGUCCAAGUGUUUAUCUCAAAUUGAGAGAUCUCAGCAAGAAACUGAAGCGAAGAAGGACAAACGCUUUUUAAUCACAAGUAGUCAGUGACACAAGUGAGAGCAAUUCUAGUGCCAUUUACUAGUGUGGUGUUUUUAUUGCAAUCCUUUCUUAGAUGCAAAAGCCAAAGUGUUUUUUUAUCUGUGCCAGAAGCGAAUAAAAGUUUUUUCUGCAUGCGACUCAAAUUCAUAAUUCAUCGUAAAAAUAUUGUUAUAAAUUAAAUAUAAACUGAAACAUAAGGUAGCGCCAGAGAUAAAGGGUGAGAGAUAGGGUUGAGGGAAGGGGGAGGGAGGGGGGUUGUGGGCAACAUGAAACCAGCAAGAAGAAAAGUUUAUCACCCUUCAAUAUCAAUAACCUUUUAGCAAACAUCUGUUUGAUGGAACAUUUAGGUAAUUAGGAGGCGGGAGGUUGCAGAAGGUUCUUCUGCUGCCGAAUGUCCUCAUAAGCUGUGCACAGAAUGUGAGGACUGUGAUUUAAUGCCAUAACAAUAAUAAAAUUUUCGGUUACGAUUAAAAAUUAACAGAAAACUUUUAAUCGUAACGGUGGCUUUUCUUUUAUCCGGUCCUCGCUUGUUGGCACAGUAUCGUGUUGCAAGGGACAUGUUUCAAGAACAUAAUAUGUUCCUCGCUCGCAUUGUAUCCAUGUUAACAGUGUACGUAUGUAUGAACUGCUCACUGCCUGCGCUCGCUCAUGCUGGCUAGCGCGCUGCCCAUUGCUUGUAUUCUCUACUGGUUCGACUGUUUGUCGUUUCUACCAUCUUUUAAUGUUCCAUCGAGCGUGAACAUUUGUACGAAGAUGGUACAAACUGCUUCGCACGAAUCUAGGGAGUACUUGCACGAUAAACUUUUACGGUGUUAGACAGAUUGAUAAAAUUAAGAGUGCGGCGUUUGGACUUGUACUACCUGAACGUCCAACUCUGAUCCUGCUGACACUGCACGCACACUGGGCAGCAUAUGUCAUACCUACUGUGGUUGAAACACUGAGUUUAUAUGAAAGAAUAAAAAAAUAUAUAAAUACAUUGGAUAAAAUAUAAUAUUAAGAGAUAAUAACAAAUAAUAUUGAAUAAUAAUAAUAAAUAAUAAUAAUAAUAUUAGUAAUAAUAAUAAUAAAAAUAAUAAUAUUAAAAAUUAAUAUUAAUAUUGCUUGGUUUCCAGUGGGAGUGUGUGUGAUUCAAGCGUACGACUGGUAGCGAAGGAGAGGAAAUAAAUAUGUACUAGAAAUGCAAAACGACGGUAAUGAAAAACGUAUGGUAGCGCGAGUGCAUGUGUAUGUGUGUGCGUGCGCGUGAGGGAGAGGGAGAAUGUAAACGUGUGGUGUGUGUGCAUCAUGUGUGAAACAUUUUAAUAGAAGAUAGAAAAUUGGUUGAAACAAACAGGCUUUCUUUCGCCUGAAUCGAAAACGAGCGAAUGACGCGCAAAUUUGUGGCUAUAGCUCAUUUGUAAACCAUUUUUUGUCAAAAGUAUACACAUUUCUGAAAGCAUAA